AUGAAACUUAUCUUCUAUUUGGGUAUCCUUGCUGGGGUAUUACACUUCGCUGACUCAGUUGCACAGAAAGAAGACCAUGCUCCCUAUUUGGCAUACCUCAGAUCUCACUUCACCCCUUGUGUGGGUGUCCUUAUCAAAGUUAACUGGGUACUAGCCCCAUCUCACUGCUACUUACCAAAUCUAAAAGUAAUGUUGGGAAAUUUCAAGGUGAGAGUCAGAGAUGGAACAGAGCAGACCAUCAGCCCCAUCAAUAUUAUCCGCUACUGGAAUUAUAGUGAUAGCAACCCCCAGGAUGAUAUCAUGCUCAUUAAGUUGGCUUAUCCUGCUCAACUCAAUGCCAAAGUUCAGCCCAUUUCCAUAGCCGACACCAACCCUAAGCCAGGCACUAUAUGUGUGCUCUCAGGUUUGGACUGGAGCCAAAGCAACAAUGGUAGACACCCUGAUUUAAGGCAGAACCUGGAAGGCCCCGUGAUGACCGAAAAGGCAUGCCAGGACACAGAACAAGGAAGGACUCACAGGAACUCAUUAUGUGUCAAAUUUGCGAAAGUGUUUAACCGAAUUUUUGGGGAGGUGGCAGUUGGUACUGUCAUCUGCAAAGACAAACUCCAGGGAAUUGAGGUUGGACACUUCAUGGGAGGGGAUGUCGGCAUCUAUACCAAUGUUUACAAAUACUUGUCCUGGAUCGACCAAGUAACUAGAGAGAGAAAAACAAAUUGA